CAAAACAGUAAAUAAUAAAUAUUACGAGUGUGCUGCUUUGACUUUGAAAGAAUUUAAUAACUAAUUAACAGCAAUAACAUUUUUAUUUAUUAAAAGCAAUGUACCGUGUAAUACACAAAAUAAGAGCAGAUUUUUUACGCUUUGCUCGUCUUCGCUACCAAUCGACCAAUGGGAAAAGUGGCGCAGAUGCUGGCGAAUCAGCGCGAAAAAAACGAUCAAAGUCAACAUUAUACUAUUUAACGGCUGGUGGAAUAUUUGCGGCCGGUGCCAGUUAUGCGGCAGUGCCCCUAUAUCGCAUGUUCUGCCAAGCAUACAGCUAUGGAGGUACAACUACGCAGGGACAUGACGCAGAUAAGGUAGAGACGAUGGAAAAAAUUGACGAUCGCAUAUUGAAAAUACGCUUUAAUGCGGAUAUUGCUGCAUCGAUGCGUUGGAAUUUUAAACCACAACAAUAUGAAAUCAAAGUAGUACCAGGAGAAACAGCUCUAGCAUUCUACACUGCACGCAAUCCAACGGAUCAUCCAGUAAUUGGUAUUAGCACGUAUAAUGUACUGCCAUUCGAAGCUGGGGCUUACUUUAAUAAAAUACAAUGCUUCUGUUUUGAAGAACAGCAACUGAAUCCACACGAAGAGGUGGAUAUGCCUGUAUUUUUCUAUAUCGAUCCCGAAUAUACAAAGGAUCCGAAACUGGAAAAUGUAGAUACGAUAACGCUAUCGUAUACGUUCUUCGAAGCCAAAGAAGGUCUGAAGCUUCAAAUGCCCAGCUACGUACGGCCGCAUGUAGCGUGAUUGAUAUUCUGUUAUAAUUUAUAGUAUUUUAAAAAAAUUAAAAAAUGAUUUGUUAAUUGUA